CCCUCUCGCUUCGGUUUCAAUUCAGUCAAAUCAUAGCGACCUGGCAGCCGGAGGUCCAUGCGUGUCCCGGUCAGAGAGCCACCAACAACCCCUCCGAGGCCGCUGUGUGCAAGCUCCGGAAAAGGACGAGAGCCAGAUCGGAGGGAGUCGACUCCUGAGUAACUCGUCGGCAGAGUGAAACGAACUGCGGCGGCCCCGAAACACACACACACACACACACACACAGACAUGGACGAGAAGGCGUUCACGAAGGAACUGGACCAGUGGAUCGAGCAGCUCAACGAGUGCAAGCAGCUGUCGGAGGGACAAGUGAAGACACUAUGCGAGAAGGCAAAAGAGAUACUGACCAAGGAGUCAAAUGUGCAGGAGGUGAGAUGUCCGGUGACGGUGUGCGGUGAUGUGCACGGUCAGUUCCACGACCUUAUGGAGCUGUUCAAGAUCGGGGGGAAAUCUCCAGACACAAACUAUUUGUUUAUGGGAGACUACGUGGACAGAGGGUACUACUCUGUAGAAACCGUCACUUUACUAGUUGCACUUAAGGUACGCUUCCGGGAGCGCAUCACAAUCCUCAGAGGGAACCACGAGAGCAGACAGAUCACACAAGUGUACGGCUUCUAUGACGAGUGCCUAAGGAAAUAUGGCAACGCCAACGUUUGGAAGUACUUCACAGACCUGUUCGAUUACCUCCCCCUCACUGCCUUGGUAGACUCUCAGAUUUUCUGCCUUCACGGAGGCCUGUCACCAUCCAUAGAUACAUUGGAUCACAUUAGAGCACUGGACCGUUUACAGGAAGUGCCACAUGAGGGUCCCAUGUGUGACCUGCUUUGGUCGGACCCUGACGACCGCGGUGGCUGGGGGAUCUCUCCUCGAGGAGCUGGCUACACUUUUGGUCAGGACAUCUCAGAGACCUUCAACCAUGCCAACCGCCUCACACUGGUGUCCCGUGCCCACCAGCUGGUUAUGGAGGGUUACAACUGGUGCCAUGAGAGGAAUGUGGUGACAAUAUUUAGUGCUCCCAACUACUGCUACCGCUGUGGCAACCAGGCAGCCAUCAUGGAAUUAGAUGACACCCUCAAAUACUCAUUCUUGCAGUUUGAUCCUGCGCCUCGCAGAGGGGAGCCUCAUGUCACUCGCCGCACCCCAGAUUACUUCCUGUAAACUCCGACCUUCGACCCUGUACAGUCAAGUCCAGUAUUGCCAUGAUAUAUGACCUUCAACUGAUAACAACAUGAAUGAGGAAGGGGAGGGUGGGAGACUGGGGGGGCUACACAGCAGUGCACAUUGUAUAUCCACACAAAGACCUAUUUAAGCAUUUAGCGAAAACAAUGUCUGUGUGUCUAUGGAUGGACCAAAACGGUGUGUGCCAUAAUCAUUACAAUAUUCAUUUCUGAGGACUUGUACUAAAAAAAACCAUGAUGUAAAACAACAGUGAUGUUUAACUUCCUCACCCUUUACCUGUGUAGCCGACCGACGGCACCGAGGUCCAAGAUAAAAAAACUUGCUCUUUCAUAUGCGGCUCUUUGAAUCCCACACGCCAUGGCUAAUACUUAGGAGAUCUGAACGUGACCUGUUUGCACUUUUGUAAAUCUAAAGAAAUGUAACAUAUGUCAAAAGAUGAAAAAAUUAUUUCACACUACAGAUAUUUUUUUUUUGAUUUUUAAAAAAGAAAUUACAAUCAAAGCCCCAUCAGGCAAGUUUUACACACAGUUUCUUUGUCCUGUGGAACUUUUAAGCAAAAUCCUUCUUAUGCAGUUCCCAAGCUUGGUAUAUAUGAUUGACAGAUGCUGGAGUGUUCAUCCACAUCAACUCACUGACUCCCUCUGAACCACAGAGUCUGUAUUAACCAAACCAUUUGAAUAAUAAAGACAAAGGUGGUCCCUUGGUGUGAA